AUGGAAUACGGCCAAUCGCAGCAACAGCAGCAGCGUCCGCGCUCGGUCGCGACGGGCGUGUCCCGCAAGUCGUCGAUGGCCUCACGCAACUCGCAGCUGAUCAAGAAGAAUACCGGUUAGUCCACUCCGCCUCAUCAUCACCUCGUAGACAUGGCGGUAGACCUGGGGGACCGUCCACCCUUGUGCGCCUGGCGCGCUUUACACGAGGCUUCAUCCAAUGCCACCCUCGACAUGCUAGCUGAACGUCAGUCACACCAGCGACUCGAUGCUCGCCGAUCGGUCUCAUCAGGCAAGGCCGAGCUUCACUUACCCCUCUGCAGGCCACGCCCCCACCGCCUCGGGGGGCGAGGCCGGGGAGCGGGUUUGGGAGGCGGGUCGCCGGCAUGCGGCAUGCGUGCUAGUAUGGGGGCAUCAAGCAGGCCUCCUGAUAUUGAUAGACGGCUGUACAGUCCCCUUUGGGCAAGGCCGUGGUGAUAUCGACUAUGACGCAACUCCUGUCUCAAAGCCUCGCACGCUGAUUCGUGCUGCCUGACCGUCCCUCCCUCCGCCCAUCCGCCCCUUCGCCGGACUGACUCGUCUGCCCCACCGAUGUCACUGGCACCCCUUCUUUAGGACCGUGAGUGAUAGCGCAUGCUUCUGAAGACCCGAUCACCCUGACUAACCUGCUAUGGUGUCAACUGUUUCUUCUUCGUGGGAUUUCGCCGCCCGCUUGAACCAGUCACGAAUUACGCCCUUCCGAUGUCCUGAUCGAGCGCUUCAACGCGUGGAAGAGGCUUGUGAAGAACCUCAUCGCCUACUUCGAGGGCAUUGCCGACAUCGAGGUGAUUUUGCAACUGCGCUUUCUGGGCUGGUUCCUUCGACGUUGCUGACGAAAACGUUCAACUACGGCCAUGCCAGAGCAACACCGCCAAAGAGUUGACCAAGCUCGGCGGUGUCAUCCAGGUCCCGUUCCGUGAGGGCAACCAGGUCGGUCAUGCUCUCUGUAUAAGUCUCUCCAUCUGGCAUCUGGGCAGCACGGACUCACGCCUGACUACGUUUCAUUUCCAGUUCCUCGGCGAAGGUGGCGUGCAAGACAUCUUCUACGGGGUCGUAAGUGGUCGAAACGGGCACACCACAUUGAGUCGGCUCGCGACACCGAGCUGAUGAAGCUCCACUAUGUAUCUGUGCGUGUGCGUCCACAGCGCGAAAAAACCCGCGCGAUUGCCGAUUCGCAUGCCAACUUGGCCAAGACUGUCGAGGGCUCGAUCGUUCAGCAUUUGCAGAAGCUACGCACCGAGCUCAAGGCCCAUGUGAAGAACAUCCAACAAGACACCGGCAAGCUCGCCGCUGCUGUCGCGAAGGAACGCGAGCUUUCGACUAAGAUGAUCACGGAUCUGGCCCGAAGCAUUACGAUGCUCAAGAAUACCCCCAUGGGCGUUCAUGCAAAGGAGGACCCUUGGUGAGUCUUGCGCCUUAUCACCACAGCUUCCUUACCCAAAGCGAUGAGACUUAAGUGAGAGUGUAACGUGCACAGGUACACGAACUCGCUCGUUGAGCGCCAGUUGCAGAAGCAAGUACACGAAGAGAAUGCUCUCCAGAAGAGCAUCAUCAUUAUGCAACAAAAUUCCGAGCAUUUCGAGGAAGGCGUCGUUCGCGCGAUCCAGAUGGCGUGGCAGACCUUUGACGAGUGGAACGCUCGAGCAUCCGCGCAAGUUCAGGAGACGUGGGCCUCGAUGGGGCAACUCAUGCGCUCCGUAGCACCCACUACCGAAUGGAUCGCAUUCGCCUCGCGCUCCGAGUAUCUCUUGGACCCCGAUACGCCAUUGAGGAACCCGUUGACGAUCAACUACCCGGGGAAGGACGACCCCAGUGUCAUUCCCGUCCACCAAGGUAUCCUCGAGCGCAAGAAGCGCUACACGAAGACGUACAAGGGUGAGUAUAUCAGAGCUUCGCACUGUCGGAGUCGACUCGAUCUUCGUACUCCGCUGACUUUUCGCGCCCAAACUUCAGAAUCAUUCUAUAUUCUCACUCCGGCUGGCUAUCUUCAUGAGCAUGCUUCGUCUGAUCUUGAGAAGCACCCCAACCCGGAGCUCUCGCUUUUCCUUCCCGAGUGCACGCUUGGCGCACCCACGAGCCCCAACGCUCGCUCUCACAAGUUCCACAUCGAAGGCAAGAAGGCACUCGGCGGUGACGUUGGUCAAAAGAACGGUCUUUUUGCGAUGGACGCCAGUUUCACUUUCCGCGCUAGAAGUCACGACGAAGUGCUCGAAUGGUGGAACGACUGCAAGCAGCUCAGCAAGGUCUAUCUGACUUCUUCGGAGCCAUUCGAUCGCUCUGGACCUGUUCCUGCGGCUGUCAGGUCGGCAGGCUACUGCGAAGAGGAGUCCGAGGAGGAGUCUGAGGAGGGCUCCUCGGUCGAAGAAGAGUCCGAGGAAGAAGAGGAAGACGAGGACGAGGACGAGCAUGAGCAUGCUGCCGCCGCACACGAACAUACCAACGCAGAGGGUGGUGCUCCUCGCCUGGCUGCGCCUGUCUCGGGCGCUCAAGAGGUGCCUUCCUACUCGGCUCCUGCCGCCGAUUCGGGAAUUGAGACGAAUGCUAGCGGCUACGCCGUUGAAAAGAAGAGUGCCGCUGGGGCUCCCGACGGUGAAGGCGAGACCAGUGGAUCGAAGGUAAGCGUUUCCGCCACGUUCGAGUGAUCGGUCUUGAGCCGUGUGAGCUGAUGGUUCAUCUCCUUCCCCGGCCCUCCUUGACAUCAGCCUGACACGGACCACGUCGCAGAAGGCCAGAAAUCAACCUUCGCGGAACAGAUCUGA